UUUGACUCCAGACAAAACAGACGGAUGCCACGCCUCUGUUCGCAAACUUCCUUUUCGUUCCAUUUUUCAUCUCUAUAUGGAGCAUCUUGGGAAUUACAACUGGUUCUAUGGAAGCUGAACUAAAUAGAGGCUUGUUCCCAGAAUCCGCCUACCCACAAUAACCCAGUCCUCUUUGGUUCCUGACUGAGUGCGUGUAUUUGUAUGUGUAGGUGUGUGUGUGAGUGUACGUGACUAUUGGUGUCUACUAGUGUUUUUUUGUACCUUAUUGUAUAGAAUUACUAUUUAUGUGUUAUGUAUAGGCUGAUGUUUGCCGUGUUAUUCGUUUGAGCUGUCUGUAUUGCAUGUAUCUGUAGCUGUGGAUGAGUGUUAAAUUAAUAUUAAUGAGAUGCCCAGUCUUGGCUCCUUCCCCAGCCCCCACCACUGCUUGCGCUGCUUCCUGGCUGGGCCCUAAACCCCAGAAGCAUGAGUGAGAGAACUGCAUUAGGGGCCACCAUGGAGACCAUGACCCUGGAGGAGCCCGGGGCUGAACAAGCCUCUCCUCGGGCCCCAGGGCCCCUCCGCUGUGGCCCCUGUGCUGUGUGGCCACGCCAGCAGACAUGGCUUUGCGUAGUGCCCCUGCUGAUGGGCUUUGUAGGCCUGGGCCUCAGCCUGAUGCUUCUUAAAUGGAUUGUAGUGGGCUCGGUGCAGGAUUACGUCCCAACUGACCUAGUGGAUGCCAAUCACAUUGGACAAGACCCCAUUUUUCUAUCUAAACCCAGUGCCCUGCCCAAGGGCCCUGAUGGCUCCACAUCUACCACUUCCACAGCGCCCUCAGUGGUUCCAGGUUCAGCAACACGAGCGGCUGAGGGCACAGGUACAGUGCAAAGGACUCGGAUUGGGCAGUCCUCAAACCACACAGCCAGUAGCAGUAGCAGCAGUGGAGGAGAUGGUGGGUCACUAGGGGGAGGCUCAGGAAACAGAGCUCCACAUCUGCAUAACAGAGUGGGAACACGAGUGACCAACACCACCACCACCAGAACCACUAAUCUCGCCCCACCAGGUGGCAAGGAGGUGACCCCACGCAGUACCACUGUUCGAAAACCCAACGGGGAGGAUGGCAGCCAAAAUGCAUCUCCAUCUACACGGUCUGGGCCAACAAGUAUGACCACCAUGAGUACAACAACGACUGCUUUGACAACAGGCAUGACCACUACCCAAGAAGCCCAGCCAACCUCCACCCUUGCGUCCCCCUCCAAGCCUAGUCAGCGCUGGAAUCAUGGACGCUCCUUCAAGGGUCCCUCCACCAAGCCUACUCGGCCACACCAUCGCUUCAGGACACUUGCACCCACAACUUCUACCGUACGAUCUGAAUUCUUCAAGCCGUGCCAAGACAGUCAGGAGAUGGCUUUCUGUCUGAAUGAGGGAGAGUGCUUCAUCAUUGAAACAGUGGCAGGUGUACACAGACACUGCAGGUGUAAAGAGGGUUAUCGUGGACUUCGUUGUGACCAGUUUGUCCCGAAAACAGACUCAAUCCUAUCGGACCCAACAGCAAAUGAGCUUGGCAUUGAGUUCAUGGAGAGUGCAGAAACCUAUCAGAGGCAGAUUUUGUCCAUCUUCAGCAUAGCCAUGGGGAUCAGCUUGCUGGGAGUGGCUUGCAUGGCACUCUACUGCAAAAACAAGAGACAAAGGGAGAAGCAUCAGGCCCAUCUGACUGAAAUCCGUAACUUGAGGGACUGUACUGCCAGCGCAUCAGGCCUCAUGUCUAAAUCCAGCCCCAGAACUGCAAAUGCCCUCCAGCUUCAAAAGAGCAGAACCCCUGGUUCCUCCUCUCAGCAGGCGGCCAGCAUAGUGUUCAGCAGCUCUAAAGUCUCGCUACCAAACCAUAAUCGCAGUCUCUCCAUGGGGAAGCGCUGCAGAAGCUGCUCCCUAUUGUCAAGCCCCUCCCUAAAACAAAAGGUAACCAAUUAUCGAGCUGCCUCAAAGUGGACUCCACCCAUCUAUGGAGUAGGCUAUCAUUUGAGUGGAGGAGCUAGGGAUUCUAUUAAUUCCUACAAACAUCUCCAAGAGGUGGAGGUGAUGCCAGAAUCCUUAAGAAGGUGCCAGUCUCACUCGGAAAGCAAUCAGCAAAGCCGUUCAAAUUUGAAUAUGCAAAUUGUGGUCUCUGCCCAUUCCAGAGGAAAGAUGGGCUACACUGACGUUCCAUGCACUCGUCUUGACCAGGGAGCAACCUUUCCUCCCCCUUCAAUCCGAGCCCACUCUGUUCCCAUAAUCCCCUCUGUUCAGAAACCUGAGUUUGGGGAGGGGACUGGAGAAGGGGGCGGUAGUACGCUGCAUAAUAGAGGUAGGGUUUCUUCCAGCUGUAACAUAAUCAAUCCUGAGACUGAUGUGUCAGUGGCAAAUUUCAGCCAAUCACUUGCCAGCUCCUCUGUGACAGUGCAGGAUCCACAGACACUAACCUGCUCUGAGUCUGCACUGAUGUCAGGGGGCCAAAUCAAACACAAACGCCUUGUUUCUUACACAACAGCCCUGGGAUCAGGCAUAGGCUCCCGGAGAGCAAAGACUGGCAUUUCUAUGACUGUAAUGGGAUCAGGGGUGAAAACCACACAGUACACCGCCCGCCUUCUUAGUAAGGCUACUGGAGGACAGGUGAGCAAUCACGUUCAGUCCACUUUUGGAGCAACAUCACGACAGGAACGGGGUGAUGGUUUACAAACUCCUUUUGUGGAAGAAGAGAAAGACAGGUCCCUUUCCAGUGGGGUUAGAGGUGUGGCCUGCCUCACAUAUCCCAAGAGCUGAUUGGAUAAAUGCAAAGAUCACUUUGGAAACUUUACCUGUUGGUGCAGAUUGAGGAGGGGCUUCCCUAUUUGUGCUGACCAAUCAUCACGAGACUUACUUUUGGAACUAUUUUACUGCAUUGGACUACAGAGAAAACUAUGAAGAACAUACUUUAAAACACUGAAUUACUGACAACACAAUGUGAAUUGAUAAUGAGAGAAUGAUGAAUAUGGUUGGGAUGUUGAUUUAAAGAAAUAUCGAAAAAGGAUUUAUAUGCCACUAUUUAACAAAAAGCUUAAAUUUAGAAACCAAAUAGUGUCAUCUCAAUGUUGUUUCUCUACUUUAAAAAAGAAAAAUAUAAUAGAUGUCAAAAUUAUAUGUGUCAUAUUUUCCAUGUAUAUGACAUGCCAAGUGAUGAAAAUAAAGAUG